GGAAAGGGAGGGGGAAGGGCAGCGUUGUAACGUUCGGUGAGAAGUCCGUCUGCUCGGUGUCGUUGCUGUUGCGUCUUGCGCAAGGAAGAUGGCGAUUAUCGGGCUGCAGUUCGACGGAGCCGGCCGGGUCCACCUGCAACAGAGACUUUGAGUGACAAGAGUGUUGUUGUUUUCGGAGGAGAAAAGUACGAGACGAGAGAGAGCGAGCGAGUGGAGCUGCGUGUUUGUGUGUGGCGCUGUGGAGCGGAGCGGAGCCUGUCCGCACCCGCCCUGCCCUGUCCUGUCCCUGUCCUCCCUGCCGGUCACUGUGGGCUGUAAGGUGCCGGUCAGGUCGCCCCCGCGGGGUGCAGUGAUGUUCUCAGUUUUGUCUUACGGCAGACUGGUGGCCAGAGCGGUGUUAGGAGGACUGUCCCAGACGGAUUCUCGGGAUUAUAGUCUAGUCACAGCCAGUUGCGGCUUUGGGAAGGACUUCAGGAAAGGGAUUUUGAAGAAGGGGAUGUGUUACGGGGACGACGCGUGUUUCAUUGCCCGCCACAGGAGCGCCGAUGUCUUGGGGGUGGCAGAUGGGGUUGGAGGUUGGAGAGAUUAUGGAGUUGAUCCUUCCCAAUUCUCAGGGACCCUGAUGCGAACUUGUGAGCGUCUGGUACGGGAAGGACGCUUUGUACCAACCAACCCAGUAGGAAUCCUUACUGCAAGCUAUUGUGAAUUACUACAGAACAAAGUACCAUUGUUAGGGAGUAGUACUGCUUGUUUAGUUGUUCUAGACCGUAGUAGUCAUCAGUUACACACAGCAAACCUAGGAGACUCUGGCUUUCUGGUAGUUCGAGGUGGAGAAGUGGUUCACCGGUCAGAUGAGCAACAGCAUUACUUUAACACCCCCUUCCAACUGUCAAUAGCACCACCCGAAGCAGAAGGUGUUGUCCUGAAUGACAGCCCUGAUGCUGCUGACAGUACUUCCAUUGACGUCCAACUAGGAGACAUCAUCUUGACAGCAACUGAUGGUUUAUUUGAUAACAUGCCUGACUACAUGAUCUUACAGGAGUUGAAGAAACUAAAGAAGACCAAUUACGAGAGCAUUCAGCAAACAGCAAGGAGCAUUGCAGAACAGGCUCAUGAACUAGCAUAUGAUCCAAACUAUAUGUCACCAUUUGCACAAUUUGCUUGUGAUAACGGACUGAAUGUACGAGGAGGUAAACCAGAUGACAUCACUGUUCUACUGUCGAUAGUAGCAGAAUAUACAGACUAACUAUUUCAAAGGCAUACAUAGACACUAACCUAAAUAUUCUAUUCCAGUUUCCUGCUGGCAGGACCUUAUUUUCCCAACUACAACUUCUCAAAGGCUAGUCAUUUCCACAGCACAAUUCCUCUUUAGUUCCUAUGGAUAUUUAAUACUAAAAAAACACUAUUGUCUGUUUCUGCCAGCAAGUUUUUCCAAAUGUCCUUUUAUCACAGGGAAAAAAACAAAAAACUCUUCCAGUACAACUUUAACAGGUUGGUAAUUCAGAAGGAAUGUUGGUCUGUUAUGGACUAAGUAUUGAUGCCUUGUCUGUAUAUGGUAAUGGUUGAAUAGCUUCUUGCUCUUUAUGAAAUUAGGUGCUACAUGCACAGAUAGGCACCAGCACUUCUGCUUAAAAAUCUCAGUAUUCCUUUCUGAUAAGAAAUGUAAAAAUAUAUUAGCAGUGAUUCACACUCCCCACAUAAAGUUCAGCCCCCUAAGGAACUAUUUGGGUUUCACUUAAUUUCUUGCCUCUAAUAGUUAACUGAUUAAUUUUCCUGGCAGCCGAAGGGCAUAGAAAACUAUUUUUGAGUGGACUAGCUUAGCUACUCUGAAUAGUUUUGGGUAGAGAACAAUUGACUAUCAGAUAUUUUAAUGUGGAACCCAUGAGUGAUUAAAGCCAUGUUUUAACUUUAUACAUGAUAAAUCAGGUAACUUUUGAGAGAUUUGUUCAAUAUUUGUUUUAAUAUUUUCCUGUACAGUCAUGUUUUUCAUUGUAGCUGUAAUGUAUAUAGUAUGACUUAAUUUAAAUCAUUUACAUGUACCAUGUACAUGUCAUUUUACUAUUUAAAUAGACAUGCUUGUAACAGGCAUUUCAUUUUAUAUUUUAAUGGUCACAUGUAAACCAGAAUAAUUUGUAUUCUAUUACUGGUUUUGCACAAAUUGUUUGAAUUUGUUUAGAGGUUGGAUCAGAAUUGCAGUUUUGUUGUCUGAAUGCUUUGGAACAGAGUUGCUUUUUUCUUAUCCCAGUAUUUUGGUGAACAGACAGUACAGAUACUUCAAGUUUUUUGUCUAUUGAUUGAUUAUACCAUUAAUGCUUAUUCAGGAAACAUUUUUAUUAAAACAUGCAAGUUUGACAACAACUCAUAUUUAACAUAAAAUGUCCUAAGGUGUUUCACAGGAGCAUUAAAAAAAUGAAAUGAUACCGAGCCAUAAGGAGAUAUUACGUCAGAUUACCAAAUGCUUCGUCAGAAGUUUUAAGGAAUGUCUUAAGGGAGGAAAGUGAGGAUGAGGGGAAGGGAGGCUAUUAACAUUGAAGGGCGUUGAUUCUAUGCUAAACUUUUGCCCAUGAUUCUACAAUAUUUAAGUAUAGAAAUGCAUUUGCCCAGAUUGGAAAAUAAAUUUAUUUGCAGAAUUUCUUUGAUUUCAUGAAUAUUGCAUCAAAAUUUAGGAUAUGGCUCAAUUAUUUUCAAAGAAAAUUUCUCUCUUUUUAAAAGCUUGUAUUGUGAUAUGCAAAAUACCUUUAAUUUUCACACACAAGCUGCAAAACAAUUCAGUAGUAGUCUUCCUUUUAUUUCUAAUUUGAAUUUGUGGAGUUACAGGAGUUGGCUGUAUGCACUGAAUCUUUUUUGAACUUUCCUAAUGGUUGAACAUUAAGUUUUGUACAGAUCAACCCAACCUGAUGCAACAAUGAAAGUAGCUUACUUUAGGUGUUAAAGUCAAUGUUAUUUAGGUUGGAUAUACUUCCUUAUUGAUUAUGUACAUUGAUCAUUUUCUUGGUAGAAAAUUAAAGUGGCUUUGACAACAUGAGGCCUUACAUUUCACCAAGACACAACACAUGGGGAGGGGGGAUUGUAGAGAAUUCACCAGAUGUUUGGUCUACUUAGAGCUUUAAUUCUUGUUUUAUUUUUUAAGAGGGUAUUUUUGUAUGAAUAGAUCCAAGUACCAAGACUUUUUUGUAAGUGCAAAGUUCAAAUAAACUGUUUGCCACACUUGAAUGCUGGAUUGCAAAAUAAAAUGUGGCAUGAUUGUAUUAAAAUACCCUUUACAUCCCUUUCUGUUGGUCCUGAAUGCACACCAAAGACCAGAAUGGAUUUUUCUCUCUCUUUCCCCACAAAGAACCUAUACUGCAUUUAAGCAAUACUGUACUGAAACAUUUUUUAAAAAUCUGCUUCGGGCUAAUGUUUUAAUUUUAGACUCUGUUCUACAAUGCACUAUUAUAGUUGUAGGAGAUUUGCUCUACUGGAGCCAAGUCUUUUAAAAAAAGAAAACUGCUCCUUGCGCACAAGUAAGUAUAAUUGGACGGUCUCGGUAGCAGGCGUUUGACAAUAGUCUUUAUGGCAAGCUAUCUUUUUUAAAUUGUAAUUCUCACAAUUAACAGGAAAAUUGUGAAAAUUCACAUCUUGUGUCCUUCAUCAAGUUGGUUUGUUAUGAAGAAAGCAUAGAAGAAUUGAUAUGUAUGUAGAAGUAAUAACUUGGCAAGAAAGGGUACACUCCCUCUCAAUGAAAGGGGAUGUUUUGAUCGCCUAUGUAACUGUCACUAGCAUAUGCUUUAACUGUAACGUAAAUAUAAUGCAGGAAUAGUUGUGUACAUAUGUUGAAAAGCUGUGCAAAUGAUAUAUUUAAUAAAAGUAUAGUAUUUAUA